UAGUGAAUAAAAUAACUUCGACAGUUGUCUUUUCAAAAUCUAUUUGUGAAAGGAGCAAUUUGCUUUGUGUCUCAGCUCCACAGGAAGUUCACUUGGAGGUUUGACGGAACUAAUUAUUUCUGAACUUUUGAAUUAUUAAUAUUGGCUCCGGAUAUGCAAAUCAGACUGUGCUAACUUCGUCCAGCAGCACCGCACUGAGUCAGAAGCUCUGCCAAGCUGCUGGCAAAGAAGUUCUGCCAAGCUGCUGGCAAAGAAUUUCUGCCAAGGGAUCGGGCCCUUCCACAGAAUGGCACUGAAUACAACUUGCACGAACUGGCUGGCUGCAGAGGCUGCCCUGGAGAAGUACUACCUUCCCAUUUUUUACGGGGUUGAGUUCAUUGUGGGGCUCCUCGGGAAUACUACUGUUGUUUUCGGCUACCUCUUCUGUCUGAAGAACUGGAACAGCAGUAACAUCUAUCUCUUUAACCUCUCCAUCUCUGACCUGGCUUUUUUGUGCACCCUUCCCAUGCUGAUGAGAAGUUACGCCCACGGGAAAUGGAUGUACGCGGACGUGCUCUGCGUGAUCAACCGGUAUGUGCUUUACGCCAACCUCUAUUCCAGCAUUCUGUUCCUCACGUUCAUCAGCAUCGAUCGGUACCUGCUCAUGAAGUAUCCCUUCCGGGAACACUUUCUGCAAAAGAAAGAGUUUGCUGUCUUAACCUCUUUGGCCAUCUGGAUUUUGGUAACCUUAGAGCUAUUGCCUAUGCUUUCUCUGAUAAACCCUGUCACAGAUGACAACGACACCAAGUGCAAUGAUUAUGCAAGUUCUGGGAACCCCAGAGACAACCUCAAUUACAGCCUGUGUCUAACCUUCUUAGGGUUCCUCAUCCCCCUUUUAGUGAUGUGCUUCUUCUAUUUCAAGAUUGCUCUUUUCCUGAAGCAGAGGAGCAGGCAGGUGGCGACUUCUUUGCCCUUAGAGAAGCCUCUCCACCUCAUCAUCAUGGCAGUUGUGAUCUUCUCUGUGCUCUUCACGCCCUACCACAUCAUGCGGAACGUGAGGAUCGCUUCCCGCCUGGGGAACUGGACGCAGCACCAGUGCACCCAGGCCAUCAUCAGCACCUUCUACAUUGUGACCCGGCCUGUGGCCUUUCUGAACAGUGUAAUCAACCCUGUCUUCUAUUUCCUCAUGGGAGAUCACUUCAGGGAGAUGCUGAUGAGUAAACUGAGGCACCUCUUCAAAUCCCUUACAUCCUUUAGAAGAUGAGCUAACAGGCUGAUGUUUUCAUUCAGGGAAACGGGAGGUGCUCGUGUAACAGAGUGUUAUACACAUGCAGCUAUAAGCCAGCUAGAAUUUGAUUCAACGCAUAGACAUAAACCAGAGAGGGCCACUUCAUUGCUCCUGUUUUAAAGACAUGUUGUACCCAGCGUAUGUGAAAAGAAGAGGAUGGGAAGUCUUCACUGGUUUCUUCACCUAAGAUUUGAAAGGAGUUGGACUAGCACUGUCUAACGUUUGAGCAUUUAAGUCCAAAAUCUUAGGUGUUGUAAGGACAUGGUCAAUCGGUGUAAAAGGACUGGAAGAUUAAUAAAACAGAAAGUUGUCUGCAUUUAAUCCAGAUUGUAAAAAAAAUUGCAUUGGCAACAUUCUGUAUGUUGUUCUUAUGCAUACGAUCCUGUAAGUUUACGUGAGAACUGAGUAACAGAAGAUUAACAUGCAUGAUUAAAUGUUGUUGUUAGCAGCUGUGCUCUUGAGCAAGUUUAAAGCAAACGGUAACAGCAACAAGCAAGAAAGAAUAUAAUGAGUUCAAGGAUGCUUGUAAGAUAUUUCUUUAUAUUGAUCAUGAAUUCGGGUCCAGUUUUAAUUAUAAGUCCUUUUUUUGUUUUUAGUGCAAAGAAUCAUGUCAAAUAGACCCUAAAGAGAGAAUUCAACAGAGAGGCAUGUCUGAGCUUGGCUCUGAGGGGUUUAAGUGUAAAGGAUUUUAUGAAAAUACUAGACAGAGAUACGAAGGAGAGUUACAAAACCCUCAGAGUUACAGAACACAAAGUGUCUAUGAGGAAGCCCAAAGCAAGACAAAACAAAGCAAAACAAAAUGAGUAUGUUGUUUUUAUGAUGAUUGUACCAUCUAGCGCUUUAUUAUCACAAUUUUAUUUUUGGUGCAUGGAAAUAUAUUAAGUUCCUUGGCCUUCCUGCUCUUGACUACAUAGUAAACUUUAAAAUAUAUAAAUAUCAUCGAAACAGCAAACAAAAGGAAAUGAAAUGUAAUAGCAAAAUUUGUUGGGUUGAUUUUCCCUUUUGGAAGGAAGUCACACACAGUUUCUCCCCCAUACACAGUUUUUCUAGUGAGCAAUAGAUACUUUACAAGGACAAAUUUGUCUUAGAGAGAGUGACUCGCAUCUGGAGUGAAGCUCGUUUUCAUUGAACACUAUAUAUGACCAUUGAAGGAAAUGUUCUAAACAAGAUGCACUUCAUGAAACUGUGGAACACAAGGAAUAUUUAUGUGCAUAUAAAUGUAGAUUAUCAGAGGAGGGUUAGUUAGACACCAUUCUAUGCCACAAACCAAACUAAGGAAAACAAAAACCAAGUGCAGCAUUAGCUUUUUAACGUCAAAUGACUAUCAUAUAAUAAUUCACUUACUAUAUGCAAUAAAAUGGGUCUGUGGCCACUUGUCUACGCUCCUUUUCUUGAGGUCAUUAUCUGUAACAUGAAAGAUAAAACAAACAUGCGCAAAGACAUGGAAGUCCAUUGUCCUUCCCGUCUGAGAUAAUAUUCCUGUUCUGGUGAUAUCAUAUUCUGAUAUUGCCAAAACUCAAAAUAUUCCCAGUUAAUGCUUCUACAGUGCGAGCAACUGAAAUAUUGUAAAAACACAUUAUUCACAAAGGACUUAUUUUCUUGCCAGCAUUAGGCUUUAAGAUAUUUUUUUCAUGCCUUGUCUUUAUAAUCAAUAUUUUAAAAAUCUCAAUGUAAUUUUAUAACUGCCUGAUAAUAAACUGAAAACAGAAUCUCCUGAAUUUCCUCCUCAGAAAAGGCCCCCAAAGGGCCUUAGGAAAGGAGUAUUUGAUUGUUUCUGCAAACUUAUCAACAUACAAUUUAAGGAGUGGCAGUGGUGGACUCUUUCUAAUAGCAUGGUGAAACAUUUUGUAAAACCAUAUACUCUUACAUAGACCCUGUAACCAAAAUCUUAAAUAAUUUCAUAGCACAUUUCUUAGUUCUUUUCUUGCUCUAAUCUGUCAUGUGGUAACUUAAUCCUUAACAGACCUGUACUAAAAUUAUAAGAGCCAUUUCAUCUGCUUUUUAGAUGGCUAAGAAUCACGGACAAUAAAUAAUGGAAAUCC